AUGAUUAUUGCUUUGAUUGAAAGGUUGCAUUCAAAGACAUGUUAUUUUCAUCUAUCGAUAGGUGAGGCAUCCAUCACACUUCAGGAUUUGUGGUGUAUCUUACACAUUCCAAUAUUUGGUACACAAGUUACUUUUGAUCAUCAUGAUGGUGUAUCUACUUUGUGUACAUUGUUUGAGUGUUUAGAGGAGGAUCUACAUAUUCGUGGUCGUUAUGAGAUUCAUUGGGAUGAUUUUGAUUAUGAUGAUCUCACUGUUGUUCUUGCUUGCACUGUUGCUAGAUUAUUUAUCCCUGAUAGACAUACCCAUGAUUUUUCUAUUGGAUGGGGGCAAGUCAUGCAUGAUAUGAUAAUUGAUAAACAAGUGUUUGCUUGGGGUCCAUGUCUUCUUGCCACUUUAUAUCAUCAGAUGCAUGGGAUUGCUUACUUGCGGCAAGAAUCAAUUGGAUGUGGCAUUACUUUGAUCCAGAUGUGGGCUUAUGAGCACAUAACUAUAUUUUAUCCUACGUUAGAUGUUGAUUUGGAGCCAGAGAAACCAUAUGCUUAUAGGGUUAUUGAUAUGCAUCUUCCUGGCCAUGUACAUCUUGACAACUCUGGGAGAUACAGGGUAGAGAGUGGAGAGGAGGAUGUGGAUAUUAGUGGAGAGACUGUAUCUAUGAGAAGUUUUGAUAGGAGUGAUAGUGAGGGUGAUGAGUUAGCAUCAGGCUCAUCAAGCAAUGAUGGGGAUGAGGGUGGGGGCACUGGACAUGAUGUUGACAUGGCCCAGGAUAUAGAUUCAAGAGGUGUGGAGAGAGGAGAUGAGGAGGGAUUGAGAGAUUAG